UUCAGUUAGUCCUGAUGAAGGGUCUCGGCCUGAAACGUCGACUGCGCCUCUUCCUAGAGAUGCUGCCUGGCCUGCUGCGUUCACCAGCAACUUUUGUGUGUGUAACUUAAAAAUAAAUUCGCAUUGGACAGUCAUUCAGAGUCAGAUAAAUGAACACGAAAGAAGAGCACGAACCACAUGCAUAAUGCUAAAAAGGGGAUGAGAUGAGAUGAAAUCUUUUGCUGUAGCCUGUUGGUAGUGCCGGCGGCGCGCAUGCCGAUAUGAUACGGGCACGUCGGUUUGGAAGCUCGCCCUGUUCCCGACACUGAGCGGUGUGUUUUCCUGGAGAGCGGGCCGACUGGAGACGCUGAGGUGCGGACUGCAGGGCGCAGAACCCGAGACAACUAUCUGUAUGCUGCCUGACCUGCUGAGUUGCUACAGCAUUUUAUAAUGAGUAACCGUGCCUAUAUUUUGGUAUCUGAACUUCAUGAAACACAGGGUAUCCCACAAAGAUGUGCAGAAAUCAUCAUGAAGCAUUUCAAAAUCAUCUGUAUGGAGGAAUUCCAGAGAAACAAGGAGGAGUUUGGAAAUAAAAUCCAGGUCGUGUUUGUGUGGGAGUUCUGCCCCGCGAUAGACGAGAAACUUCUGAAAUCACUACCUCUUCUGAAGGCAGUUGUAUGCUAUGGUGUUGGUGUGGACCAUCUUGACCUGCCUUUGAUCUCCAGUUUUGGGGUGAAGGUGACCAACACACCUCACGUGGUGGAUGCUUCUACUGCUGAUAUGGGCAUGGCUUUGAUGUUAGCAUCUGCCAGAAAUAUCUUGGAAGGUCACAGGAUUGUAACUUCACCAGAUACUAAAGUUUAUCCUGUCAACUGGAAUGGAACGGAUGUGACAGGGGCAACUCUUGGAAUCAUUGGAAUGGGACGGGUUGGAUAUAGAGUUGCCCAAAGAGCCAGAGGAUUUGAUAUGAAAAUUCUGUAUCAUAACAGAAAUAGGAGAGCCGAUGAGGAGGAGAGACUGGUUGGCGCUCGCUACUGUGCAAGGAUUGACGAUCUCCUUCAGGAAUCAGACUUUGUGAUGGUAGUGGUAAAUCUGACUCCUCAAACCUGCAAACUGAUCGGGGAAAGAGAGCUUUGCCUUAUGAAGUCCACCGCAACACUUAUCAAUAUUUCUCGAGGUGCAGUGAUUGAUCAGGCUGCAUUGGUACAAGCACUUCAGAAGGGAUGGAUUCUGGCAGCAGCUUUGGAUGUUACCGAUCCGGAACCACUUCCGAGGGAUCAUCCUUUGCUGUACCUUCCAAACGUCACUCUGACUCCCCAUAUUGGAACUGCCACUGACCAGGCAAGCUUUAAAAUCUUGGAGAAAAUGAUUGAAAAUGCUUUGGCUGCCAUUCACGGACUUCCACUUCCUGAUGAAGUACUGUUAUCAUGA